AGAAUAAAGUGAAAUUCACUCGGAUGAAGAGACAUCGUGAAAGCAGAAUACAAACGAAGUAUUGGGUUUGUAUUUUUUGUUUUAUAAACAAUUUUGCACGGUGCGCGAAUAUAAGUUUUACCAAAACAAACCGUAUAUAAAAGCAAAGUGACGAAAAACAAGAAAGGAAGUAUAUUGAAUACAACAAUAAGAGGAUAAAAAUGUAAUAAGUGUACAACAAUAGAAAAGGUGUUAACACGAAUGCGACACCGAAACCACGACGAGGCAGUGACAAAUAAGGAAAAAGUUACAUAUGCCCAAUGAUAAAUUAAGACGUCAAUCAUCCAGUUAUACUUUCAGAUGUGAUAAGUUAAGAUAUUUGAUUUAAAUUGUAAUUAAAAGAGCAAAGUUUUGUGAAAUUUUAAGCAGACAAACCGAAGAGUUGGGCAAAUAAACAACAGCGACGGCGAGAGAAAAAAUAAUGGAAGCAGCAUGAUUUCAUUAACAAAUUGAAGAGCAAAACAAACCAAAAAACUAAAGAAAACGGUUAAUAAGCAAUUAAUACAAAAAGGGAAGCAGUUGUUAUAGUAUAAAAAAAAACAAUUGAAUAAAAUAAGACAGUUUGUCAAAAAGUGGUAAAAGAAUAUCGUGUAAUUUGAAGGAAAUUGGUGUACAAGAAAAAGAAGAAGGAAACUACUUAAGAAAGCGUAUACGUAAAACGGUUGUGGAGCGCAAAUUAACUCCCGGCUCUGUAACACCUUCAAAGGUUAAAUAAAAAGACAACUACAAAGGAAACGGCAUACCUCUAAUAAUUUAAUAAUAAUAUAUAAACCGGAACAAAUCUGAAGGAUACAUAAAUAUGUAUUUUAAAAUACCGACGAAAAUAUAAAAAAUUACUUAAUCAAAAGAGGCGAAAAGUGAAAAGCGCAAACUAGAGGCAAUGGUACUAUACUGUGCUAUCUACCCACCAUAAUUUGUUAGCAUUAGUAAAAAUACCUUAGACUAUUAAAAACAUCUUAACAAAGAAACAACAGUUGAGGUAAUUAUUCUUCAGACUUGCCACUAUGCCAGCGCUACCACACGAAAAAACUAAGCGAGAAAUAUUAAACAAAAAUACAGUUUCAAUAGCCAGUGUCAUUUCUAAAAUGCCAAGAUAUAAUAACUUUCAUUUAACUGACUAAAAUCAUCUAAUUACUCCCAUAACAGUGAAAUCCUGCUGACUAUAUUUUCCGCGCCAUUAUAUUAUUAAUUUGUUGAAUUGUAAGUUGUGUAAAUUAUUAAUAUACGGUUUAAAAAAGAAAUAUAGAAAGAAUUGCAAACACUACGUCAUUCCUAUAGACUGAAGUAAAUCCUCUGAUUAUUAUAAUACAACUUAUGCUUGAGUCGAGUGAGUACUGAGUAGUUUUAACCAAACUAACUAAUCAAUCUUGCAAUUAAAUUAGUGUGUUAAAUUCAAGAUAAAUAGCCGCCUGAUUUAAUGCACAAUUCGAGAAAAUUGAAUUUAAUUUGAAUGUCGUCGGUGAUUAGGUUUUACUGUAAUAGGAAGGAAUUACUGGCACCAUGCAAAGCUUGGAUUCAUCAUGUCAAGAAGCUGAUUUUAUAAUAAAUGACACGCUUAAAAAGCUUAAAGGCUCCAACACUAGCAUAAAUAGUAACAGUAAUUCGACAACUGCAGCUUUAACAUCUUUGAAUUCAAGCGGUAGCAGCAGCAGCAGCAUACUAAGGCAUCAACAUUCUCACCAGCAACUAAUCUAUCAACAACAUUCUUCUCUUCCUUCACAAACCAAGCAGCCGCAGUACCCCCAUUAUCAAAACUUACAGACCGCACUGCAGUGUCCUGCACCGUCACCGCAACCACAACAGCUCACAACACCACCGCCACCACCAGCACCAUUGAGCAGCGUUACAUUUCCCACGAAAAGUUCGUUGCUUGACUCCAGUCUGCUACAUUGUAACAUCACACAAAUUCCUAGCCAACCGCCGUAUUGUAUUUUCGAUGAUGGGACUGAAUCGCCCAGUGAAGUUCCGCCUGCUGAAAUACUCGCAACUAGUAGUAGCAGUAGUGUUGGUGGUGGCAGCGGUAAUAUCGGUAGCUUGGACGGAAUUGUUCUACUCGCAGAACCAUCGGCGACAACAUCAACGCAUGCAAAUACUUCGUCUGCGGUGCCAUCUCCAUCAUCAUGCUCAUCAUCUACAAAUCUUUCCAAUUUUAAUUCGAUCACUUCACCAUCGCCGGUAGUGCCCGAUUUAUUAUUAUCAACACCGCCGGGCGUAAAUUCCUCAUCAUCACUUGGCGAUUCAACUGCUAAUACCAAUUAUGGUGGCAUCGGAACAAAUGCAUUUCUAACAUCUUUAGCGCAGGCAUCACAAUUUUCUACAACAACAGUAACGCAUCAAAGCAACAAUAAUAAUAUUACAAUAACCAGUAAUAACACUAACAAAAAGGCUGAUAAACGUCCUUCCGCGUCUUUAAGUACUCAACAGCAACAACAACAGCACAGCAAUCACUCACACCAUUACCAGCAAUCAUCUACGCAUCAUCAUCCACCGCAGCAUUUGUUAAAUACAUCGUCGCCAUUGGCAGGUGCGGUCGCAUCUUCAUCGCCAACUUCUUCGCCUAGUAAGCGGCAGAAAAUUUCUAAAGAUGCAACAAGCCGAUCAUCACCAUCAACAUCUACGACGCGUGCGUCAACUAACAAACGCGAUGGUAACAACACUGUGCCAACCAAUUGUACAACAACAACAACAACUGGUUCUAGUGGAACAACAUCGGCGACAGGGUCAUCUAAGUUUUUCAACAUACAUGAUAAGAUUCGAGAAAAUUAUUUGCAAUUGUUGGCUAAUGAUUUAAAUGCGUUUACGGAAACUGGGCUCAAGCAGCGUUCACGUGCUUUUGUUUUGGAACGUUUAGUGGAGAGCGAAAAAUUGAACACUAUCGUUGUAAACCUAUACCCUGGUAAUAAAGGAUACUCAUUAGCAUUACAUUAUGAUGAGCGGCAGUUGUUGACAGCUAACGGUGAAUUAGUGCAUGGUGGCGAGGCGUCCGGCAAUGUACCGGGCGUUAGCGGUACUGAAAGUGGGAUAGCUGGCAUGGGUAUCAGCUCCUCUGCCAACAUAUAUAGAGGUGCUUCUAGUCGGAAUACAUGUAGCGGUAACAGUAGUAAUAAAAUGAGUUUAGCUUCCAUACCGCCAGAUUUAAAAUGCGGCACCGACUUUGAUAGUACAGCUGAAUUAAAGCUGAAAGCAGCCGGUAGGGCUGAUGAUAAUAGCCAACAAAGUGAAUUCGCUUUAAUCGAAGUAUUGCGUUGGCCCUACGAGAACGAUCAGUUGCUGCAGUGCAUCGAUCGUGAGGUAAUACCGGACUUUCUAGUUGACAUGUUAAAUGCACCUAGCCUCACACUGAAUGCUUCUCAAGAUGAUAGCGAACCCCGUACCUAUGCUAAGCCGAAUGUAUUUUACGCUGGCUGCGUGAUUGCGCAAAUACGAGAUUUUCGACAAACCUUCGCUAUUUCGACGAAUAUCUGUGAUACGAAACACGUCCUCCUGCGGCCCACAAAUGCUACCAUUUUUUCUGAUAUCCAGCACUUGGCAAGCACAACGAAUAUGAGCAUAAGCCCAACAAUACCCUCAAUGGUUGGUGCAGCAAUUUGUGGCGCAGAGGACAAACUACAACUAGAAAGUCAGUUGGUGUUGGCAACUGCGGAACCGUUGUGUCUAGAUCCCGAUCCUAAUAUUGGGCGUUUCGCCAUCAAUGCUCAGAAUGCACGGCAACUAUUUAAUACACACGAGAUGCGGAGACAAAUGAAGAAGUAUACACAGAUAUCGAUAAAUCGAAAACGGAAAUUGGAUCAGUUCACACAUCAUUACGGACUGGAGUUGUGUGAUUAUUUGACGCGUUUACGCGCCAAACCACGCACCAGUAGUAGUGCAAAUGCCAAUACUACAGCGGCAACAGCACCCAGUAAUAAUCCAUUGGUGAGUGCCAUGCUCACGUCAUUCUCGUCGAAAGUGCCACGUCGUCCGCGUGACGUCAUACGACCUAUUCGACCGCCACGUCUAGAGUAUCCAGCGAAUCUAAAGGUGCCCGAGCAGCUAAUAAGUGUGGAAAAGUAUGCCAAAACCUACGAACGGCCACGCGAAACAACAGAUUGCCAGCCGCAAUUGAUCGAGGAGUAUGUGCUGGAAACCGAACGCGAAGAAAAUGCUGGACGUCGUGUGAUAUAUCACAUAAAACUUUCGAUUUUCCAACGACCCUCAAAUUCCGAGUACCUGGGUGAGCUGUAUGUUGAUCGUGAUUAUCGUGAGGGGGAACGAAAUGGCGAGUCGUGUCGCUUUUCGUUAGGUACACGCAUACAUGCGAAUCGCUACAUACAACAAUUCACAGAGAUUUUCACCGAAGAGGGGCGCAAGGCGGUUAAAAUCACGCAUUUGAUGCCAGGUCACUUGCCUAAGGUAACACAUACGGGGAUAACACCGGAACAACGACAAGCUCUGUUGCUGCAGCAACGGCAAGCUGCUCUAUUAGCAGCACAACAACAGCAACAGCAACAACCGCAUGUGCAACAUGCUUCAACCGCAAAUGUGAAUACUCAACACUUGACCGUUGCAUCAGCAACAGCAGGUGGCAAUCAACAGACGCAGCAGCAACAGCACGUUGUGUUGGUAGGACCGAAUGGACAGCAGCAACACAUAUUGCCCGCCACUGUGCAGCAUAUAAACACUGUCGGUCUACAGCAAGUGUCACAAAGUGUUUGCGGAGUUGGUGGUAGUGUGCAACAGCAACAACAACAGCAACAUAUUGCUAUUACGCCAACUGGCAGCAAUUUGUCGAAGAAUAUCAAUAUUGUCGGGUUAACUGCCAGCAAUGCUGCCGCGGUGCAGCAAGUAUUGCGCCAACAGCAAAUGCAGCAGCAGCAACAACAACAACAACAACAGCAGCAGCAGCAGCAGCAGCAAAUUACAACCCAAUUUAUAGAUGCGAACGGCUCAACGAUGCACGUACAGACGAGCGGUGUGCAUGCGCAGCAACAGCAGCAACAACAACAGCAAACACAACACAUACAACUACAUUCGGUGGGCGGUAGUAAUGCGCACACUACAACGCAACUCAGUCUCAGCAACGGUUCUCUAGUGUUAGUGCAACAACAUCCCAUAACGCAAAAUCAACAGCAACAACAAACACAAACUCUACAACAUGCUGGCAUCACUAUACAACCUGCCAACGUGCAACAACAACAGCAACAGCAAAAGACUCAAGUGAUCACGGCGGCUCAAUUGAAUGCCGUUGCUGGUGCAAAUUCAGCACUGCGCACACAACUCAGUUCCAGCGUGCCAAUAUUGCAAGCGCAGCUGAAGGCCGCGCCAUUACUCACUCCACAGCAGCAACAGCAGCUUUUGCAUAAAUCUGCACAACAACAACAGCAACAGAGUACUGCCAGUAGUAACAAUAGUAGUAAUUCCACUACAUUACACACCAAUCCUGAGAUAAAUGCAAUCUUCACAAACAUCAUGAAUAGCGCCAAUCAGUUCCAACAACAAAAACAACAGCAGCAACAGCAACAGCAGUUGCAGCAAUCCUCAAACAACACUGUAAGCAGCAGCAGCAAUGUGAAGAAUAGCAGCAACGCUUCCAUACGCAGUCUGUUGAAUAGCGCACCUGCUGCAAUGACAAGUACGCCUGUGGCAAGCGGCACUUUCACUACUUCCACUGGCCAACAUCAGACUGUCACAUUGGUGCAACACACAACUUCGACGCCUCAACAACAACAACAACAGCAGCAACAUCAAACCGUUGUUAGUGGUGAUAGUUUUGUACAGGUGGCAACACAGCCAACCACUGUCUCAGCGGCAACUACAACCGUGCAACAACGUAAACCAACCAACAAUGAAGUGUUGCAGAAUCUCUUGCAUACUAAUCGCAAAUUCAAUAUCGUCACCAGUGGUGGAAAUAUUGUAACUGCCAGUACUGGGGGUGCUACCUUCCGCACUGCAGCCGGCAAUUUGGUUGCUGUUAAUCUGAAUCAAGCAACGCAACACCAAAAUCAAACGGAUGGGCAGCAAUCGCAACAACAAACGACAGGCACACAAGCACAGCAAACACAUCAAACGGUACGCGUUUCAAUGUCGGCACUCGCCUCACAGUUAGCCUCCCCGCCAGCCAUUAUGACAAAUCCAAAUUCGGCAAACUUUGGCUACACUGUGAACACUUUGGGUGGUAGUGGUGGAACAGUGAAUGCAGUUAACGCUGUGAGCGGUGCAACCGGCAAUAGUAUCAAAAUACUCAAUAGUGGCGUGCAACAACAGCGUGUGGCAUUGGCAAAUGCAUUGCGACGCGACUCGAGCAAUACGGGUGCACCGCCAAACGCUAUAGUUGUUGGUGUGGCAGCACCUUCGCCGGGCAGUGAUUCGAAUGCAUCGAAUGCUAGUGGUUUUGCCGUGCCACAGCCAACUAGUGCCACCAACUCGGUGGGCACCGCAACCAGUUUGACACUGCUCAGCGCGGCCACACCAUCCCCAUCCGGUUCGGAUCAUUCACAGUCGUCGCAAACGCAAAAUCAAGUAUUGCUUGAGCGUUUGCACAACAAUAGUGCCACUACAGCGACGGCGAUACCGAAUAUGUCGCCACAGCAGCAGCAACAACAGCAAUCACACGCACACACCCAGUAUCUAACGAAAACGCUAGUGCAAUCGCCAGCUGCUGCCCCAUCCAUACACUCACCUAUGUCUAGUCCACAUCCACAGCCAUCACCAUCGCCACAGCAUCAUCAUCAUCAGCAGCAACAACAACAACAGCAAUCUACUGCCUCCAAUACUACCACCACAUUGAACUUACAAGGUAUUAAUUUAUUGCAAGGCGCCAUAGCCAAUUUCCCCGGCCUGCAGAACGUUCAACUACAAAUACCGGGUUUGGCGCAACCGCUCUCAUUGCAAUUGCAAUCUGCUGUACAACAACAGCCACAACACACAUCACAAACGAAUGCUGCCACUGUGUCGUGUAUAGUAAGCGGCGGCGGUGGCAAUGCUGGUGGUGGUGGUGUCGCUGCUUCAUCCAACAACAAUGUUGCUGGUGGCGCUGGCAGCAGUAGUAUGGGUCAACAAACACAUAUACAGCAACGCAGCUUAUUGGUAUCAGUUCCUGUCUCAACACACAGCCAACAGCAACCACAACAGUCGACACAACAGCAGCAUACGAUAACUCUGCAAGCGGCAUCGGGGACGCAGCAAACACAAAAUCACGUGCAACAUGUUGUACCGCCCACGGGUACGAUUGUGAAUCUGCCAACUUGUGGCACUGCCACAACUGCUGGCACACAAACUGUAGUUCUAACGAAUACUGCGACAGGUGGCGCAGGUGCUGGUAGCAAUGUAGGAAAUGCAGUGGGUGGUGGCGGCACUACAACAACAAUGCUAACCCUGCCAAUUGCUCAAUUUGUUGGUCCCGGUGUACAAAAACUCAAUCCUCAAACAAUUCGUACCUCAAGUGGUGGUGGGGGUGUUGCAGGUGGCAGCAUAGUUCUUCAGCAGCAGCAACAACAACAGCAAGUGACGCAGCAGCAACAGCAGCAAGGACAUCAAUCGCAACAACAGCAAACAACGACAAUAAAUGUGAGUGGUGUUGCUGCGGGUAGUAGUGCGGCUGGUGGCAGCAGCAUAGUCAGCAGUGGCCAGCAGACGGCAAUUCAAUUGGUCGGCACCAUACAGCAACGGCCGCGUAAUAUAGUUGUGGGCACAAAGCAACUGAGCGGCGCGCAACGGCAAUUGAUUGCAACGCAAAGGAAUAUAGGCGGUUCCACGCUGAAAAUCGCUACAACGCCAAUGAAUGCAUCGAAUGCGAACACCAUUACAACAACCACAAAUCUAACUGCCACUCCCAUUGUGAUGUCGACGCAAAAAUUGCAGCUGAAAACUAUCAAAACGCCACAACAACAACAACAACAGCAACAUCAACAACAACAUGCGCGCAUAUUAAAUCAAGUGACUGCAACGGCUGCCUCUCAAACGCAAACCACGCACCAGAAUCAACAGCCACAGCAGCAGCAAACGAUUAUAAUAGGUCAGCAUUUAGCCGCGGCGCCAACAACACAGCAAUCACAACAACAACAUAUACAAGUUGCAGGACGAACCGUAACCACAACCGGCAAUGCCAGUCUAAAUCAACAACUAAUUUCGGCGUUAGCCAAGGCUGCCAAACAACAACACCAACAUCAGCAACAAGCAGCAAAUCGGCGUAGAUCGGCAACUGAUGUAAAUAAAUAAAUAUAUAUAAAUGAAUAGAGUGAACCAACAACGAUUGGGCGCACAGUAGCGACAGUUGGCUGAAGUGUAUGUGUGUGUGGUGUGUGUUAGUGUGUGUACGUGUGUACGUAAAAUGUAUAAUGAAAAAUUAUAUAA